CGGCCUGCUGGACCAUGCUGAGCGGAGUGCGCGGCUGGCUCGCCUCAGCGCUGCGGGGUCCACGCGUGCCACCGUUCGCGGUCGCCCAUAGGUGCCUUCACACGUCGGGGUCCCAGCGUCCGCGGACAAGAGCGAGAGGCCUGGAGACCCACCCCACGCCUUCAACCCGGCGCUGCUCGAGUUCCUGGUGUGCCCCCUCUCCAAGAAGCCGCUCAGAUAUGAAGCAUCGACAAAUGAAUUGAUUAAUGAAGAGUUGGGAAUAGCCUAUCCAAUUAUUGAUGGGAUCCCUAAUACGAUACCGCAGGCAGCUAGGAUGACACAUCAAAAUAAGAAGCAAGAAGAAAUGGAGCAGCACUAGAUCAUAAUUAAAAACAGCAACACACAUAACUAAACUUUCUUGAUACCACUUACCUUUUUAAAAGUCAGAGUGGCAGGUAAUAAGUGGGGGAGAAGAAUGUUUCUGUCUCUUCCUACGCUGACUGUCCUUAUUCCGUUGGUCUCUUUAGCAGGACUGUCCUACUCAGCCUCCGUGGAAGAAAACUUCCCACAGGGCUGCACUAACACAACCAGCCUGUGCUUUUAUAGUCUGCUCCUGCCCAUUACCAUACCAGUUUAUGUGUUCUUCCACCUUUGGACUUGGAUGGGUAUUAAACUCUUCAGGCAUAAUUAAUA